UUUCCAGUUGUGAGUAGAGUCUAAGGAGGCUUUAUAAACAGAAGACCCCAUGUGUGGACUUGAAACUUGACUUCUUGAACAGUUGAAGUAUUCUAUUAGUCAUCGACGCAUUAUUCCCGCUUUUCAGAAUGUCUACAGAAAACUUCAGAAUGCCCAGAGACAACUUUUCAGACUUGGAGCUGGAGCUAACUGAUCUGCUCCAGGAGUUCGCUGACGUGGUUGAGGAGUUGAGAGAGCCUUCACAAAGCGUCCCGUACGCAUACGAGCGGCUCCUGUCUGAUGCCAAACGGCGCACCGGGCUAGGGGACGACGGCUCAGUGGUCAGCGACAGCGGCGUUGAGGACAAUAGUGACUGCAGCAGUGAGGUGUCUCUGGGUAACAGUUGGAACACCAGUGAAGAAGAGCUCCACACUGCAGGCAUACCAGUGAUGCCCAAAGCCAGAAUGGGAGACACAGGAGACCUACAGAGAUUCAUCGACAGUUUGGACCGGGAACUUGCUGAUAUGUGAACGGAAAGCGACGGAGAGAUGUAGAGGGAGAGAGACGGAGAGAGAGACGGAGAGAGAGACGGAGAGAGAGACGGAGAGCUGCUGAGACCACGUGGAGAGAGAGACGGAGAGAGAGACGGAGAGAACAAGUUGCAUGGAUGGCUACUGCUGAACAAACACAUCCACACACACACACACACACACACACACACACACACACACACACACACACACACACACACACACACACACACACACACACACACACACACACACACACACACACACACACACACACACACACAUCUAAAAAAGCACAGUUCUGUCCUGUUGUGCUCGGAGAAAGCCAGCUCUCUCCUGGCACCUCUGGGGAAAAAAGGUUAAACAUGAGGAAUUAAAAGAGCAUCAUGUUCCAAUAUCUAGAACACCACUGGACCUGAGGUGGUAGACUACAUCCCUUCCCUCAGACUGGUGACGUAUUCACACCUAAAUCAAACUGUUUUAUAGUCAACGUGUCUCUCUUCAACAGGAGAACAUGUCUCUCUUCAACAGGAGAACAUGUCUCUCUUCAACAGGAGAACAUGUCUCUCGUCAACAGGAGAACGUGUCUCUCUUCAACAGGAGAACAUGUCUCUCUUCAACAGGAGAACGUGUCUCUCUUCAACAGGAGAACAUGAAUGGGUGCCAUUUCAUAUGCAGAUAUGAAGGAAGCAAAUCAGUGGGGGGGAAGCAGUAGAGACUCCACAGUAUCUUGUGAUUAGUAAGUGUUUAAGCCAACCUGCUGUUUCCUGAUGGAAGGCCUUAUAAUAGUGAAACCCAUUGUUAUCACAACCCAAUGUGUUGGAACCUCCCCAUGUACAGUAAUUGUAAAAAUGCUACGUUUUAUAUUGUAAAGUGCAAAGCGAUGUACAGUAUUAUAUUACCUACAGUACAAACAGACCAGUCCCUAACCUGAUGAUAAUGAUUUUUGUACAGAGGAAUGCACAGAUUAAUAAAGAUAAUAAAAAUAAAA